CACUUCAUUAUUUACAGAAAAAUUGAAAAAAUAUUUGUUUAUGUUAAACACCUUUGUAUUUUUAGUUACUGGAGUGUUAGCGAUGGCUUGGAGAAGUCAUGGUAUAAACAAUGCUGAUUUGGUGCGCAAUCUAAAAGCAAAUGGCAUCAUCAAAUCUGAUGCAGUAGCUAAUGCUAUGAACUCCGUGGAUCGUAAGAACUACUGUCCAUAUGCUCCGUACCAUGACUCUCCGCAGUCUAUUGGUUACUCGGCCACCAUCAGCGCUCCACACAUGCAUGCCCAUGCACUGGAAAGGCUUAAAAACCAAUUGAUUCCCGGCGAAAAAGCCUUAGACGUUGGCUCCGGCUCUGGAUACUUGACAGCAUGUAUGGCAUUCAUGGUCGGAGAGACCGGCAGAGUCAUCGGCAUAGAACAUAUUCCUGAACUGGUGCAAAUGGCUACCAAAAAUAUUAAGAAAGAUAACCCUGCCCUGUUGACUUCUGAGCGCAUUAAACUAAUUGCUGGCGACGGGAGAGUCGGGUAUGAAGCUGAAGCCCCGUACAGCGCUAUUCAUGUUGGAGCCGCGGCCCCUACGCUUCCACAAGCUUUAAUAGAACAGUUGAAGCCAGGAGGCAGACUUAUAGUUCCAGUUGGGCCGGAGGGGGGGGAGCAACAUUUGACACAGGUGGACAAGGCAGCGGAUGGGUCCCACACGGUGAAAAAGCUGAUGAGCGUCAUCUACGUGCCCCUGACCGAUAAGGAGCGGCAGCACCGUUUGCAGCCGUUUCGAUAGUUCUUGACUUGCCCCAGUCCAAUGAAGAAGGUACAUCUAAAAAUAAUAUUGUAGAGGUACCUAUUCUUUUUCAUUCGCUUUAUAAUAUAAUUAAUUUAUUUCGUAGUUAACUCAUUGACUGCCAGCAAAGAGGAUCGAGUAUUAUAGAGAGUUACUGUCGAAGUGAAAUGUGCAAUCACAGUGUAUAGACUGCCUUCUCUUGACACAGGCUUAAAACUUUUGAACCUCAGUUUUGACAAUUUGGUCCAUAUUCUUAGCUUGAUAUGUGUUAAAACGUCAAAUAUUAAUAUUAGCGCCAUCUAGCUGAGCGUACCCCAAAAGUGUAAUGCCAUCUAGGCCACCGUACCUUUUUCUGUAUGGUACUGAGGUACGUUUUUUUCUUAGACUUUAUCUGUCUAUACGGAGUUAUAUGUCUUUGCUGCCAUCGACCCGCUAGGCGAGUUUUAUGGCCAUGGGCGCUUUUCGCUCUAGAGCGGAAUACCUACUUAUGCUGCUACAAACACCUCUCGCUGGCAGUAAAAUGCUUUAAUGCUUUAAAACAUGUAUGAGUAAGUAUACAAGUAGUGAAACGCUUAUAUUUAAGAUUUUUUUACCUCCGACGUUUCGAAAACGGCAUCGUCCCCAUGUUUUCGUGAAUAAAAUCAAAAUUUUUAGUGUUUUGUGACAUCCCUAAUUCCCUAGUGGGCAAAACUUUAAAUUAACAAAAUCAAUUGCAGUUCAUGUUGUUGUUCAUCAAUGUUGAUUUCUACACAUCCUUUUCCGAGACCACGGGAAUUCUCCUUGAUUGGAAGGAUAAAAAUACUUAUCAGUUUGAGAAAAAGAAACCUUCCUUUUUAAUCAAAGUACCUACUCAUUUCAGUCCUGGAAGAUAUUUAUCUAUGAUAUAAU